AUGAAGAUAAUACAAGUUUCGAACAAUAAUAAUAAAAAAAAGAGUUUAAAAGCAAAAGAAUUUUUACCUUGUUGCUGUGCAUUUAUUGGCAUUUCAUUCGUUUUAAAAAAGAAAGGCUUGCUAGCUGCAAACGAAUUUGCCGGUAAAGGAUAUGCUUAUUUAUCAAAUGGAUUAUGGUGGAGUGGAAUGAUACUAACAAUCUUGGUAACUCCAUUAGGAGCAUUAAGUGUUGUAGUAAGCGCAAUUUGUUCUUCAAUCUUUCUUAAAGAAAGAUUAAGCAUGCAGGGUAAAAUAGGUUGUGCACAAUGUAUUAUUGGAGCUAUUAUAAUUGUCAUGCAUGCUCCGCCUCAGCAUUCUGCCACUUCUAUUGAUGAAUUUCGAUCUUUAUUUUUUUCACCUGGAUUUCUUAGUUAUGCAAUAGUUUGUAUAGUAUUAUCUGGUUUAAUAAUAUGGAGGCUUGCACCAAAUUAUGGGUCUAGAAAUAUGUUGGUUUAUAUCAGUGUCUGUUCAAUCAUUGGUUCACUCUCGGUUGUUACAACUCAAGGUCUUGGUAUUGCGAUACUCAAAACUAUAGAAGGCGAAAAUCAAUUCACACAUUGGUUUACGUACUUUUUAAUAGUUUUCAUAGUUGUAACGUUGUUGAUUGAAAUCAAUUAUUUAAACAAAGCAUUGAAUCUAUUCAACACUGCAAUGGUCACUCCCGUAUAUUAUGUUGUAUUCACUAGUUUAACAAUAAUAUCAUCGUCGAUUUUGACUAAAGGUUUCGAAGCGCCACCUCAAGGUGUCGUAACCGUUGUUUUGGGAUUUUUGGUGAUUUGUUCGGGAAUCGUUUUAUUGCAAACUUCAAAAGGUACAGUUGUUGACCUUAGAAAUCCCUCAAUUCUAUCCCCAACUGGCACCAUAAUAAAUCAUGACAUGGAAACAGUAUCUACAUUAAAUAAUAAUAAUAGUUUGUUAAUGCGUGCAAAUUAUAUCGAGCCAGGUGCAUCUGAAAUUAGAGCAAGUUUUGGUAGCAUCAAAAGGUAUUCUAUGAAUUUUAGUGCUAUUAAAGAAUCUGCCACGUUAUCAUAUGAUCUACCAACUUCUAUGACAGCUCCUCCCACAAAAACGAUAAUAAAUAAACACAGACAUAAAAGAAGCAUGAGUGUAAAUUUUGAAGAGGGAAAGGAUCUUAGCGGUUUAAAAACGAGAAAUAAAGGUUCUGGACCUCAAAGAUCCAAUAGUACCAAAUCAAUGCCUGAUCCUGCCAUAAUAAAUGAAUUUGAAAACGAUAAAGUCGAUGACGACGACAAAAAUGAUGAAAAGAAACCGUAUGGUCAGCCAAAACAGUUGCUGAAACUUGAUCAUCAUAUUGAUAUCCUAUCAUUACCGUCACCAUUACAACAUCCAAUCAAUUAUAUAAAACAACAUUUGUCACCUACAAACUCAUUAUUUCAAGAUAAUGGUGGUACGAGUGAUGGUAUUAGAAUUAGUAGGUUACAAAAAGCUAGUACCAGAAGAUCACAAAAUUCAAUGCAUUUGGUUGAUAAAAUGAAAUCAGGGAUGAAUUCGUCCGAAUCAAAAGAUGAACAUGAAGUUUUAGUAGGACAAAAAAUGGUAUAA